AUGCACACCAAUCACAUCGUCGAACGUAGUCCAUUAGCAGGGAAAGAUUCUGAUUCAGAUGCAAACGCUGCGAUAUCACGAGGAGGCAUGCAGAUGCAGUUCUAUCUCGGCCUACACACCACCGUUUGCUUUCGACUUGAAGAAGGUGUCACCGACCCGUUGGACCACGACCAUCAGCCAUCUCGGAAUCAGGUCGCCUCGUCGUGGUUGUACACAAUUCGUCUCGAUCGACUUGAACACCACCAUCCGGUAACUCAGCGAUACCAGUUCGGUAUUCCUGAAGUGAAAGCAGACUGCAUUUGUGAAUGCAAUGCGGCAUCUGAAAGUUGUACAGCCGAAUCGCAUCAGUACACGCAGUGCCCUGAAGAUCCGAAGAGAGAUUUCCUUACGUCUUGUUAUCGGACCUUCCUUCCGAAUCAAUCACCAAUUGGGUGCCCGACGGGCAGUAACGCCAAGCUUUGCUGUGACGUGAAGUUUCGGCCGUAUCGAAAUCAGACGUAUACCGCUGUAAAGUUGGAACAACCAACAACGUUCGCCACUUUCGUCUACACGGCGUAUGACUACAACAACGGUCGAUGGAUCGAGAAGGAUCGCAGCACUAUUCGCUCACAGUUGGAUGGAGGCACUCAAGAAAGAUACGUGGAUUCUUUACGGCGAAUCGCAUUGUCGGUAUCGUCCGGAGGUCGUACUACCCACCAACUCGAGACAGGCAUGUACUUCGCAAACUCAAAUCCCGGAGGCGAGAUGGAGGAAUUAAGGAAGCAACCUCUAAAUGAGAUCACGGACAACAAUUUCGAUCGACUUGGUUGGUAUCGCAUGGACGAGAAUGGAAAAUUCCACGUGAAUAACGGCAUAGUGAAGAUGGAAGAAAUUCAUAAGGCAAAGGUGAAAAACUGCCACGAGCAGACCUAUCGAAGCAUAAUCAACGCAAAGAACUAUUUACCCGGCAAUUUCAACUUAUCACGUCCUCUGGAAAUGGUGUAUCCGUGGAUUCAAAGCGCUCGAAUCUAUGACGGCUCUCAACGUCAAGUGAUUGUCACGCAUGCGGAAGGUUCCAACCUUCAUGUGACGCUGCAAGUUCAUGGAGAAGCUGAUGGUAAUCGGCUGGUAUUUUUCCACAAUGCGUCGAGGAUUUCUGAUUUUACGGGCACCAUUAUCGUCGACUCAAGGAGCAACAGAUACUUUAACGUCACGAUGUAUGGCGCAUCGGGAAAGAUUAACGGAGCCGUUAAGUAUUCUACAGAAAGGAAUUCUGAUGAGAUAUUCUCCUUCACCACUUAUGUCCAUGAUCUCAACGCGUCGAAUAGGUCGAUGAUUAUUCCGAUGCCGGCCAUUGUGGAUUCGGGAUCGAGAAUGAUAUGCAUGUAUGCAGAUGAACAACGAGAAGAACAGGCAGUGUGUAGGAUCAUACAAUACUAUGAGACGCCACUUGAGACGUUCGCUUUCACAUCAGGAGAACCAAGACCAUUUCAUGAAUCAAAAUUUUUCAGGUUCUUAAACCCGAUGUCUUGGGUGAACGGGGUCUCUUCGCUUGGUGAAUUCGUAAUGAUGGCCACAGACGUGUUGGUUUACGUGUGCGUACUAGUGGUCGUUUACGUCGUACUCACCAAAAUUGUCAUCCCAAUCUGCAAAUGUUGGAUUUGUCCGAUGUACAUAAUGUCUCACAGUGAAUCGAAGUCUAAGAAAAGGCAAAAGGCCCACCAACGAACGAGCAAUGAAGGCGAUGUUCGAGUCUGA